CCUAGUAAUUUUUUGGGAACAAGGGUGCAGAAAUUUCAAGUCCAUAGCAGAAUUAGUGCUUCAAAUUCAUGGCCUGGUUAAGGAACGCCAACCGCCGAAAAACAGAACCAUCUGCUGAAGAAUUGCGGGAAACAGGUAAAAAGCAUUCUAUCAUUAACUAUUCUGCCGCUCUUGAGAGACAGAGCCAUAUAAGACAAAAGGAAAGAGUUUUCGGCGUUCGUUAUGUAACAGAUGAUCACCAUGGACCAUAUAGUCCUCCACGAAUAAACUUAUUCGAAGACCAUGGUGGUGUUGUAGAUGACCACCCUCAAUUUCCUCGGAACAUGGCUUAUGGCUCUCCUCCUAAGGAGCGUCUCAAGGGUGCACCAUUGAACUCUAUAGCCCGUAUGAAGCCUAGCUCCGUUUCAAGAAAUGAUGAUUAUAGUAGUACUGAUGAAUCGGAUGAUGACAAUCAUGACAGGCAUGGGGGAUAUGGAGGGUCCUACUCUCCUAAGAUGGUACGUACUAAACCCGAAUAUGACACUGAUUAUGGUAGGGAAUCCCCAAAAGGUGACGGUAGGAAGCCUUCGUUCGUUCCUCCGGCAGGAAGGCGUCAACAACAUACUGCUCCGGUCUCCACAUCGCCAAAGAGAGACACAAACCACGAAACAGCAAGAAAUUGGCCAAUUCGCUAUAGUCCUCCACAGAGCAAGCCAGAAACUGACACUCAAUCCCCAAAAUCUGGUUGGAAGCCUUUGUAUGAGCCUACUACUGGAAGGCAUCCGCAGUAUAGUACCCCUGUCUCCACAUCACCGAAAAAUAACAUGCACUACGAAACAGCAAACAAUAGGCCAAUUCGGCCUGGUCUUCCAAGGAGCAAACCAGAAUCAGACACUGGUUAUGCUUCCGAUUCUCCAAAAGCCGGUGGGAACCCUUCAUUUGGUUUUCCUGAUGGUAGGAAACCACAUCACACAUUUCCUACUAAAGAUCCACGCUAUGAAACGGAAAAUAACACAGCACAUGACAAUGGCAAAGGUAAGACUUCUGAAAUUCCGAAGCCUAAAUAUGCACAGCAACCACAAGUUAGUCCACAUCCCUUGACACAGCCAAGGAAAGAGGACCGUCAAGAGACAAUUGACAGCAGGGAGGCUCGUAAGCGUUAUGGAGGCAAAGCAAUAAAUCAACCAAAACGGGAGGAGGAGCAAUAUACAGGAACAAUUGACUGCAGAGAGGCUGCAAGAAAAUACAAUGGCAUCUUUGUGCCUUGAUCCUACAUAGAUGUGGUGUUUCAAAUAAUAUUGGUAUCUUUGCCAUUAAAUUUAUUUCUAGUUGCUCUAUAAGAGCUCACUUAAGUUACUUUCCCUGACUUAAGAAAGUUGUGUACUUGGGUUGUCUUGUUAUGAGACGGUCCUAGUACUAAUAAUGUUGUGUCCUACUUCAUGUUUGGAAGAAAGCAUAUAAUGCAUGCCUUCUAGUUGAGUAAAUUUGGGCACUCACUUGCCUUUUAUUCAUGA